AUGUGGCUUGAUGAGCGAGAGGGGCACAGUGACCUCAUUGGCGUCUGUCGAUCGGUUAAGAACACAAUUCUCGCCUUAAUCUUUCUCGGCCCAAAGAUAACCUUGGAAUAUCCCACAUCACUAGCGCUCCCCCACCAUCGGCAUAUUGGUCUUAACACCGCCACCGAUUCUAACAUCCCCCCCAAAUUAUUCAUUUAA